AUGCCGGAAAUUGAUGAAAAGAUCAGCCGGAAGAAGACUAAAUGCCCGGGUGAACGGCCGAUUUGUUCGUUCUGCCUGCGUCUUGAUACAGCAUGCGUUUACCUCCCCAGAGGCUCCAUGCCCACCAAUGGCAUUGGGAAAAAAGCCGUUGCGGAUGCAAGAUCAUCUUUAUGGGCUCUUAGAGUAGGUUUGAUAUUGCUCCAGCUCCUCUGCAUAUUGUGCUCAAGCUUCGUUCACAGAUCUUCCGCCAACCGCCAGAUGGAACUCUCGCCGGAUGCUACAGCUUCUGUGGUUGAACCGAUGAGUGAAUCUCCAGAACGCUCCAUGGAUGGUCAUGUGGAAGCUCGAAAUGUUGUUCAGUCUCCAAGCCAACAUUGUGCCUUCACACUUGCAAGACCUCGACCUCCUGUCGAGGUUAUCGAGCACUUCGUGGAAGUGUAUCGGACGAGGAUACAUCUUCAGCCUUUACCUCUUUUUCACCUUGGUAGACUGGCAGAUCAACUCCUCGCGGGCCCAGAGUUCGUCUUGUGGAGUUUUCUUUCUCUCAUGCUGAAGAUUUCGAGUCAUCCUUAUUUCAAGACACAACAGCAUGCUGCUGAGGACUUCUAUGCUCGUUCCUCUGAGGAUACCACAAUGAGACUGUCCUCAGGUGGCAAACCAAGCCUAGAUGUUACUCGAUCCUUGUGCUUGAUCGCAAUGAAGCAUAUCAAAUCCUCCCAGCCCGCCCAGGCGUGGAUGGCUAUUGGCAUCGCUUCGCGACUAUAUGCCAUGCGCACGUUGUUCAAUAAAAAGCAUAUACCAGAAUCUGCGGAUGAUGCGGAGGCAAGGGCAUAUUGGAGUGUCUUUGUUCUUGAACGGCUUUUCCUCCCUUACGAAUCGGAACUUCCAGCCACAAAUAUCUACAAAUAUCCCGAGACUGCAGCUUUACCACCGCCUCCUUUAUACCCCCCUACGUCGGCAAGCACCUCAAAUACGUCCGACCGCGAGAUGGUUGACGAGCCACCGGGUAAGGAUAUUGGGAUUAAUGGGUACUCUUUGCGCAUUACUUCCAUAUGGGGUAAGAUCAGGUUAUAUCUACAUCGCCUUUCGCAAGGCGAGAUUGAGAAACCAUGGUUGGCGGACUCAAUCCACACCAAGUUGGGGAUAGAACUUAUCGAGUUCGAGGCUCAGCAUAGCAAGCACCACCUGCUCCUGAAUGUCGCUUUUCCCAAUCGAUCUGCGGCAGAGAUUGAUCAACAGAGGGAGUAUUGGAAUCCUUGGAUGACGACAGAGAUACUGUGGCAUGCUGCGCAGGCAAUUCUUAAUCAUCCCUUUUUGCACCUCGUCGUCUUGCGGUCACAAACAGAUAUACCCCAAUCCUGCGUCUUCCUUCAGCAGAAAGUCGACAUGGCAUUAUACCACGUGAGCUGGCUGUUUCGAAUUCUCAAACUCAGUGAAGGCUCGAUGACAAUUUCCAAUCCAAUACUAGGGGACGCCAUUGCCGCAUGUGCGACUGUUCUAUGGUUAUUCCAAUUUACGAGAGAUGAAAAAGUGGCCCGGCGGAUGUGUGACAAUUUAGACAUAUGCGAGAAUCAUCUGAAUACCAUAGGCCAUUUGUGGCCGCACAUUUCGCAAAAGCUUGUUACCUUUAGAAAACUACGAGUUCUCGCCGAUCAAAACCGUUCACAGGCGACACAUCAGGAAACGACCAUUAAUUUCAAGUCCGAGUGGCUUUGGGACCUUCUACUUCCCAGCAUGUCGGAGACGACUCAUAAUGUAGAUCUGGACUCACUGGAAGGUCUUAGAACCCAUGAAACGUCGAAUAUGAGGCUUAAAACGCACUUCGUUGAUCGUCUUCCUGAGGCGUCUGAAGCGGAUCGAGAACAGGAUUAUCUUGAUUCCCUUCCACCGUCCAUAUAUUCAUUUCCUACAAAUCUGGACAACAUGGAGCAUUUCAACAUCGACCAGUUAUCUCGUGACCUCUUGGAGAACGAUUUAUGGGGCAUUUUUACUUAG